CUUGUGGUCAAAAGACACCUACAACCAGACAACAUUUUAUGUUGACUCCUAUAUGGUAUAAUAGGUCAUGCUCCCGGGUACGACUUAUUGAAACCACCUUUGGAACUUGUGAUUAAGAGAUGCUGCAGCCAAAAAAAUUAUUCCUAUGUGGGUUUGAUGGGUUAGGCCUUUAGGCAUAGGUUAUCAAGAUAACCUUACUCACAAUCAAGCCAAUAGCCCAUUUAGAGGUAAGUUACCUAGAAAACUAAGGAAAACCACAGUCAAGACAGUGGGCUUUAUACAAGUAAGCUAUCUCCUUGAGCAUAACUUAUAAACUAAAACAAUAAUUGGCUACAAGAAAAUAAGUAAGCAUGAAUUAUACAGCCAAAGCGACAACACUAAAUUUGGCCUAACCUGAUUGGUUAACCUGCUUCAAAACACAGCGGGCAGAUGAGAUUAAAUGUGAAGAGCCUCAGGUGGCUGUGUGUGUGUGUGUCUUGGUCUAAGAAGUUAUUCUCUUUGAUCGGUCUGACCCGCACCCCCUGAACCGAGGAAACUUGAACUGCACCGACUAUCUGCACCUGGCCAAUGCAAAGAGCGGUCGACUAAAGGGUAACUUAUUCUUGGCAGGAUCGUUAAAUAAGUGCCUUGCUUGGACUGCAGAUUUCUCACAAUGACUAGUAGUGUGCCUUCUGAUGUGCUUGGUCAAAGAAUCCUGUGUGAUACAGAAUAUGCAACUGUGCGGUAUGCUGGUAGUGUUCCUCCCACAACAGGACUUUGGCUUGGAGUAGAAUGGGACAAUCCUCAAAGAGGAAAGCAUAAUGGCAGCCAUGAAGGAGUACAGUAUUUUAAAUGCAGUCACCCUACAGGAGGAUCCUUUAUCCGCCCAAACAAGGGAAAUUUUGGUGUGGAUUUUCUUACUGCAGUAAAGAACCGCUAUGGAUUGAAUGUUGAGCAAGAUGUUGAAUGUGAGAAAGAGAAUGCAUUAGUCUUUGGAAAGAAGACUGUGGAACUUGUUGGUUUUGAUUCUAUUAUAGAACAACAAAGUCAACUGAACAAAUUGGUAGACAUCUCAGUGAGAGAAUGUGCAGUGAGCCAUGCUGGUCAGAAAGAGGAAAUCAGCAGAACGUGUCCUAAUAUCAGGAGUAUAAAUCUAUCAAAAAAUCUGUUGCCUUCCUGGGAGAAAGUUACGGAUAUUGCUUGUCAAGUUCAGAAUCUGGAAAGUCUUGAUCUCAGUGAAAACAAGAUUAAAUUUCCAUCUGAUUCUGCUUCUAUAACCUGUACACUUAGUAAAUUGAGGGUUCUGGCACUUAAUCGAACUGGAGUAACAUGGGCAGAGGUUCUUCUCUGUGCUCCAGGGUGGCCAGCACUUGAAGAAUUGUACCUUGCUUCUAAUGAUAUUACAGUUUUAGAAAGACCCAUUAAUGUUCUACAGCCCUUGAAAUUGUUAGACCUUUCAAACAACCAAUUAAUUGAUGGAAGUCAACUGCAGCUAAUAGCAUAUCUCCCCAGAUUAGAACAACUAAUUCUUUCAAACACUGGAAUUUCUUCUAUACACUUUCCUGAUGUUGGAUUUGGAUGCAAGACUAAAAUGUUUCCUUUAUUACAACGUCUUGCAGUAGAUGACAAUAAAAUAUUGCAAUGGUCGUUUAUCAAUGAGCUUGAUAAACUACAAUGUUUGCAGUCACUGCACUGUCAGAAUAAUCCUUUGAUGGGCACAGAGAAGAACCCAGAGACAGUGAGGCAGCUUAUCAUUGCCAAAAUAGGCCAAUUAAAGUUUCUGAACAAAUCUGAGAUCUUUCCUGAUGAAAGAAAGGGAGCAGAGCUUGACUAUCGCAAAGUGUUUGGCAAUGACUGGAUAAUGGCUGGUGGGAAUCAGAAUCCAGACAAAAACAGACCAAAUGAGGAAUUUCUUGCUGCUCAUCCUAGGUACCAGUUACUCUGCCUUAAAUAUGGUGCUCCUGAAGAAGGUGAACUGAAGGGACAACAGCCUUUCAUUCUAAAAAAUCAGCUGCUAACUUUGACAAUUAAAUGUCCAGACAAACCUGAUCAGAAACCUAUAGAAAAGAAACUACCAGAUUCUAUGACUAUUCAGAAGGUCAAAGGCUUGCUGUAUCGUCUACUUAAAAUUCCUGGUUCAGAACUGAAAUUGUCCUAUGAAAGUUCUAAAGGGGGUAGAUGCCUAGUACUGAACAGCAGAAGAUGAAGACUGACAUGGAUUGGCAGAGGUGAGGUGAGCAUGAAACUAUCACACUACAUGCCCACACAAUGGCUGGCUCUAGUCACGGUUAGCGAUCUCUGGUUGAUAAGCACUGACAUUCACCCAAAACUACUGAGCUGCAAGUGGCUGAGACCUUUUCUGCUUAGGCUAGUUACCAACAAGCAGUGAUUCUUAAUAAGUUUUGCUAAGCAAAGCCGUAAGUAUAUUUAGAUGGCAUCAAGCCCUGGCAAGAUAGAAGGCAAACAUCAUGCAUUCAGGACUGCAAUUUAAUCAUUUAUGGUUGUUUGCUGUAUAUCCAUCACAGACAAUGGAUUCUACCAUGAGAAAAUCUGAAUGCCAUGUACCAAAUGUAGGAUAUAGGCCUCUAUAGGGAAUUAAUAAAAUUAAUUUAUUGCUAAAAUUUUUGGUUUUUACAAUCUUGCCUUUGUCUUUACUGAAUGUUAGCAUAUUCCGUUUUUUCCUACACAAUG